AUAUAGCUAUGUGGGUGUGCAAGUUUGUUUUUGCGUUUCCCUCUCACUAUCUAACGUUAUCAUCAUAAGCUGAAACCAUGUCGGCCUUUGUAGGAAAGUAUGCAGAUGAACUGAUCAAGAACGCCAAGUACAUUGCCACCCCUGGAAAGGGCAUUUUGGCAGCAGAUGAGAGCACCGGCACCAUUGGCAAGCGUCUUUCUAGCAUUAAGGUUGACAACAAUGAACCCAACCGCCAAGCCCUUCGCGAGCUCCUCUUCACCUCUCCCAAUGCCUUGUCCUACCUAUCUGGUGUCAUCCUCUUUGAGGAGACCCUCUACCAAAAUACACGUGAUGGAAAACCUUUUGUGGAAGUCCUCCAGGAAAACAAUGUCAUCCCGGGCAUCAAAGUUGAUAAGGGUACCGUCGAGUUAGCCGGCACAAACGGUGAGACCACAACUCAAGGCUUCGACUCUCUUGGAACUCGUUGCCAGCAGUACUACAAGGCAGGAGCUCGUUUUGCCAAGUGGCGUUCCGUCCUCAAGAUUGGCCCCACCGAACCAUCUGAGUUGUCAAUCCAGCAAAACGCGCAGGGCCUGGCUCGUUACGCAAUCAUCUGUCAGGAGAAUGGGCUUGUGCCGAUUGUUGAGCCGGAGAUCUUAACCGAUGGGGAUCAUGACAUCAAGAAAUGUGCAGCUGUCACUGAAACAGUGCUUGCAGCAGUUUACAAGGCGCUGAAUGAUCACCAUGUUCUUCUGGAGGGAACUCUCCUAAAGCCUAACAUGGUCACACCAGGCUCUGCUGGACCAAAGGUAUCAUCUGAGGUGAUUGCUGAGUACACAGUGGCGGCAUUGCGCAGAACCGUGCCGCCUGCAGUGCCGGGGAUUGUGUUCUUGUCAGGUGGGCAGAGCGAGGAAGAGGCGACACUCAACUUAAAUGCUAUGAAUAAGUUGGAGGUGUUGAAGCCGUGGACGCUUUCAUUCUCCUUUGGGCGAGCUUUGCAGCAAAGCACACUCAAGACAUGGAGCGGAAAGACGGAGAAUGUGGGGAAAGCGCAGGGUGCAUUCUUGGGAAGGUGCAAGGCCAAUUCGGAGGCCACUCUUGGAAAGUAUGAAGGUGGAACCGGUGGUGGGUUGGCUUCUGAGAGCUUGUAUGUGAAGGGGUACAAGUACUAAUCAACAUGUGGGGAAUGGGAAUUAAUUAUGAAAUGUAUGGUGUAAACUUACUAAUUCUCUCUUUACCAUUCAUGCUUAUAAUUUUCAGUACAUAUUCAAGAGAUGUUUAAUUGUUAUA